UCCGCUCCCCACACUCUCCUCUGCAGUGCUCCUUGCUCUAGUUCCUCUUGCUCUUGCCUGCCUGAUUGCCCUUCAUCCCACCGCACAAAGUCGUCCGACGCCAAAUUCCCCCUCGGACUAUGACUGUAUCAAACGACGCCGGCAGCAACCUUGAAGCUGUCGCCGCCGCCGCCUCCGCCGCCGCCGUCAUGUCAAAUGCCUCCACUUCACCUUCUGGUGCCGCGCCCAGUGUGCCCGCUGGCGACGAGGCUGCCUCGACAAUUACUGUGAACACCAAGACGCCUACCAAUUUCCCCCCGCCUAAGACCGACAAGCCACGACCGCACAUCUGCGGAACAUGUCAGCGCUCGUUUGCCCGUCUCGAACACCUAAAGCGUCACGAACGGUCGCACACCAAGGAGAAACCCUUCGAGUGUCCCGAGUGUACAAGAUGCUUUGCUCGUCGGGAUUUGCUCCUGCGGCACCAGCAAAAGCUUCACCAAACUACGACACCCUCGUCUCGCCCCCGUAACCGCCGGGAGAGCGCGAGCGGAGCCACCCCUGGGGCACGAGUCCGCAAGAACAGUGUCGCGGGUACCAAUGCGGCCGCGGCCGCAGCUGCCACCUCGAUGAGGCCCCGAGCUAACACCAUCAGCCAUAUUGACGGUACUGCCAUGCAAAUACUAGCGGCAACCAAUGCCCAGGUUGCGAGGGGCAUGCCGCCGACCCAUAGUCGCCAUCCUAGCCUAGUUGGGCUCCCCAUGCACAACCACAUCGACCAUGCCUACGGCAUGGCCUCGGCUCUGGCUCAACGAGGGGGGGCUCAUGGCCUACCGAAGCUAGAGACGCACGGCAUCAAUGGCAUGGACUUCUCGGGUGGCCUCAGGACAGCUCCCGCGAUGGCGUUCCAUGGCGACUUCGACUUCGAAGGUCUCUUGUACGGCACAUCCACUCGGUCCACCAUCAACCCCAAUGCUCUCCACUACAACGAUUCACCGCCGUCCAUGGCUUUAGAUUCCAUGUCUCCAUUCCCCCACGGGCUCCCCGACAUGGGGGCCGGCCAGUCUCUGGACGACGGCUUCGACUGGCUGAAUGGUUUUGAUCACCAAAUGUCGUUUAACACGGGCACCAACGAAAAUGCCGUCGACGGUUCUUCGCCCUCGGCCAUCAGCACCACCAGCCAGAGUCUCAGCGACGUGAUGGUGGAUGGGUCAAACCAUCACACUGGUGCGGUGGGGUCAAGUUCUAUGUGGGCGCCUGCUAUCAUGGGGCCUCCGCAAAUGUCAAACCCCUUUUCCCUCGAUAUGGGCGGUUCCGUCUUCCCGGACCUCCUCAACGGCGCUCCGUUAUCUCCACAGCCUCCCUCCAAAAACAUGAGCGAUGCUUACUUCUCGACCCCCCCACCUUCGAUGAGUUCGCUCAGCCCCUCGGUUAUCUCGGGCUUGAAUAGUCAGAACCUGAACCAGACGCUCAAUUUUGGUGCCGGUCCGGAGACGCCCUCCUCGAUGAAUGGUAGUAAUCAUGGCACCUUACCCGUCUCGACAAUCACUGAUUCAACAAGAAAUGCCAUCCUAGGUGCUCUCUCGGCCUCCCAGGCGUCUCAAUUUGGUGCACGGAGAUACUCAUUCGCAACACCAAGCUCGCCAUUGACCACACAGCCGUCGACGACAACCCCUUCCGACCACCACAGUAGCGGCCUCCCGAGUACCCACGACCUCCAGCGAUACGUCGGGGCUUAUCUGCGCUAUUUCCACCCUCACUUGCCGUUUGUCCACGUACCGACGCUAUCGUUCGAAAUUCCUUCGCAAUCGGCUAACGGACGAAGCAGCGGUAUUGGUGGGAGUGGGUGCCUGCUCCUCUCUAUGGCGGCGAUUGGCGCCCUGUAUGAGAUGGAGCAUCAGACGUCGACGGACCUGUUUGGGCUGGCCAGAAAGAUGAUUACGCUGUAUCUCGAGGAGAUGAGAAAGGCGAACGUAAGAAAAGCAGACUUCCGGCGAACUCCUUCGUCAGAUCAAAAUUCACAGCAGCAGGACAACUCCGUUGAGACACCAGUGUGGCUGGUUCAGGCAAUGCUCCUCAAUGUUGUAUAUGGCCACAACUGCGGGGAUAAACUGUCCGGAGAGAUCGCUUCAAAUCACGCAGCCGCGUUGGUAAGUCUCGCACAAGGGGCGGAGCUGCUGCGGCCAGCACGAGUUGAGUCGUCCAAUGAUAUCGACAUGAUGGAUGCAGAUAGUGGCUGGAACGGAAAUGCGAGGAAGGAAUAUGAUGAACAGGCCGAGUGGCUGCGUUGGAAGGCCAUGGAGGAGCGAAAGCGCACCCUCUAUGCCGUCUUCAUUCUGUCCAGCAUGCUGGUGUCGGCCUACAACCAUAAACCGGCACUGACAAACUCGGAGAUACUACUGGACCUCCCAUGCGACGAGGAUUUCUUUUCUGCGGAAAGUAGCCUCAGCUUUCAGUCCAAGGGAGGUGUCUCAGCGGCGAACCAUAACCGCAUCACGUUCCACGACGCUUUGGGGGAGUUGCUUCGAACGACCGAGAAGCAGCAGAAGCUCGCCCUUAAUAGCGGGCAUCAAGUCUUUGGAUCGGCGGUUAAUAUCAAUGAUCUCCCCAAGACCAACUUGAAACCCAGCACCUUCGGCUGUUUAGUGCUAAUCAAUGCGCUUCACAACUACAUAUGGGAAACACGCCAGCGCCAUCACAACAAGGUCUGGACCAACGAAGAGACCGAGAAAAUGCACCGCCACAUUGAGCCCGCACUCCGGGCAUGGCAGGCUGCUUGGGCAAAUAACCCCCACCACAGCCCGGAACGCCCAAAUCCCUUUGGCAUGGGCCCGCUCUCUGCCGACGCUAUCCCGUUACUUGACCUCGCUUAUGUCCGCCUCUUUGUCAACCUGUCCAAGUCAAAAGAGAAGUUCUGGCAACGAGACUGGGAUGGCAUGGCUGAUGAGUUGGCCCGAGGCUCCGAGAUUGUUCAGCAUGCUGAGCACUCCCCGACGUCGAACCCUGAUUCAACCGUCACUGAUCCCUCCGACGCCUCUGGACCGAGUUCACUCUUUAUCGACUCUCCGCCAACUCAGUCAUCCUCUCCUGAGUUCUCUGCUUCCAAAUUCCCGUCAUCGGGUACCAUCAACCCUGCCUUGACACAACAACCGCAGUCUCAGUCACAAGCCUCCAACCGGUUGAUGUCACGCAGGGAAAAGCACCUGAGGAAGGCCGCCUAUUUCGCAGCGGAGUCUCUUGCUUUUUCCGACAAGCUUGGAGUCACUUUUGCUAACUUGACAAGCCGGGAACUACCACUACAGUCAGCUAUGUGCGCUUUUGACUGUGCCCAGGUCCUUGCCGAGUGGGUCGCGACAUUGCAGGAUCGCGUUGGCCGCUACCUCGGGAUCAUCGGCCAGGAUGAUGUUGACCUCAGCCAAGUCCCCGCAAUCAUGCUAUUGGAAGAGGAAGAUGCGAAACUUCUUGGAAAGAUCCAAGAAAUCCUGCACGGAGCCGAGAUGAAGAUGAAGAUGGACAUCGCCUCCGGUAUCGGGAUUGCCGGCUUGAAUGGCGGCGUUGACGGAGGCAUCCAGAUGGACGACCACGCAGGCUACGCGUCGAAGAUCCUGAGAGUCACAGCAUACAUGUUUGACAAAGCUACUGUAUGGCCUGUUACCCGGUUGAUCACGUCAUGCCUCGAAACCCAUGCCAAUCAUAUGCGAGCACGGGCCGAGAAGUCUAUCAUGGCUCUUGAGUGAGCAGAUUACUCCCGACAAUCUCUACCCAGUCAGACACGAAACACCCGAAGCUCCGCCAUAUUCUCCGAGUUAAGACGGCGCUGCUUACCAAUAUGACAUGCUUGUCGGUUCGCAUGCGGUAGUUACAUGAUUGCUAGUUCUAGGGAAAGUUAUGCGAAUUUAGCCUACCUUACCAGCAACACCAACCGUUCCGAUUAUCGAUCACCCAC